UAAUUCCCAGAAUCACCGCCAUUCAUCCUCCGCGGAUAUUGUUUAAAGAGGCAUUCCUUGUGCCAUUCUACAGGUGCAAAAAAGUGUUUUGGGGCGCUACACUGGUGCUAGUUUUACCUGUUUCACUAUCCAGACUAUCCGUAGAGAGUCCAGUCAGUGUUCUAAGUGGGCAUUUUUGGGUCCAAUACCGUCAGUGCCAAAGUGACAUGAUUUGUGGAUUGCUAGGACACUAGCGCCCCUCUGGAUCUUUCUGAACCUGCAAGAAUUUUCUGCAGGAGACUUUACGGACUCCUGCCUAUGAGCGAUGCAAUAAUUGGAUCACGGAUCAUUACACAUUAACAUAAAGGAGGAUUUGAGCAAUUAUUGAAACUUCAAUAGUGAAUCUUUUCCUAGAUACUGCUGCGAUAUGCGAGAGUACAAGCUAGUGGUGCUGGGAAGUGGGGGUGUUGGGAAGAGUGCCCUCACAGUGCAGUUUGUCCAAGGGAUCUUCGUGGAGAAGUAUGAUCCGACAAUUGAGGAUAGCUACAGAAAGCAGGUGGAAGUGGAUGCACAGCAGUGCAUGCUGGAGAUCUUGGAUACGGCCGGAACGGAACAAUUCACUGCCAUGAGGGACUUGUACAUGAAGAACGGUCAAGGAUUCGUUCUUGUGUAUUCCAUUACAGCCCAGUCCACCUUCAAUGAUCUGCAAGAUCUUAGGGAGCAGAUCCUGAGAGUUAAGGACACCGAUGACGUGCCGAUGGUUCUUGUUGGGAAUAAAUGUGAUUUGGAGGAUGAAAGAGUUGUCGGAAAGGAAUUGGGUAAAGGUCUUGCCAGCCAAUUCAAUUGUGCAUUUAUGGAGACAUCAGCCAAAGCUAAAGUUAAUGUAAACGAGAUAUUUUACGAUUUAGUACGACAAAUUAACAAAAAGUCGCCAGAAAAGAAGCAGAAGCAAAAGAAGAAGUCCUUCUGUGUUCUACUAUAAAUUAUUUUUAGGCACAAAAAAAAUAUGAGCACAAAACGUGAACCAGUUUUAGAAAUCCAUUCCUUGUUCUUCUUGAAGAAAGGGACGGCCCCAAAAAGAAAAAAAAAAACUCCGAUUUACACUACUUUUUCAAAUAAAAGGAUUAUAUUCCAGUAUGACUUCGAAGUUAAUUCGAGAGGUAGACAGAGGUUUAACUAUUAAAAUUUUAAAUGUUGCCCGAUUAGAAUUAAAUAACUCAUUUUUUCCUUUUGUUUUCCAACUUUAAAAAAUAAUCAUAAAUAUAUACGUAUA